GCUCGGAGGCAAGUUUGAAGCACCUCAUUCAUUAACUUCUUCUUUGCCCCCAACUACUGCCACCACCACCACUACCGCCGCGACCACCGCCGCCGCCCCCGCCGCCGGAAGUAGCCACUCACCCAGUUCUUAGACAAUAACACCCGCGUCCAUCCUAAACUGCAUAAAACCAAAAUCAGAGCAUAUAAAUACCGAUCGCAACUGCCAGCCGCCCGCCAAAGAUGUCGGAGCCCAACGAGCCGGCUGUCCUUGCGUACCCCCCGCAGCCCAAUUCUUCACAAACAAUACUACAGCUCAGCUUGUAUCCCAUAACUUUGAGGUUCGAGGAAGUGGUGUACAAGGUGAAAUUGGAGGAGAAGGGGGGGUGCUGGGGCAGCACUACAUGGAGCGCCACCAAAGAGAAGCCAAUACUAAAUGGGAUAACCGGCAUGGUCUGCCCCGGAGAGAUACUGGCCAUGCUGGGCCCCUCCGGCAGCGGCAAAACCACCCUCCUCACCGCCCUCGCUGGCCGCCUCUCCGGCAAGCUCUCCGGAAAGAUCACCUAUAACAGCCACCCAUUCUCCGGUUCCAUCAAACGCCGAACCGGCUUCGUCACCCAGGACGACGUUCUCUACCCGCACCUCACCGUGACUGAGACACUCCUCUUCACCGCCUUCCUACGACUGCCCAACAGCCUCACCCAGGACGAAAAGGCCCGGCACGUGGAGCGAGUCAUUGCAGAGUUAGGCCUCAGUCGGUGCCGGAACAGCCUGAUCGGGGGACCGCUCGUUCGCGGGGUGUCGGGCGGGGAGAAGAAGAGGGUGAGCAUAGGCCAGGAAAUGCUGAUCAACCCUAGCUUGCUUCUGCUGGACGAACCGACAUCCGGGUUGGACUCGACCACGGCUCAGCGGAUCAUGACCACGGUGAAGCGGCUCGCAGGCGGUGGCCGGACCGUCGUCACCACCAUACACCAGCCGUCGAGCCGGCUCUACCACAUGUUUGACAAGAUAGUGUUGCUGUCUGAGGGCAGCCCCGUAUACUGUGGCCCUGCAGCGACUGCCAUGGAGUAUUUCUCCUCCAUUGGCUUCUCAACCUCCAUCACCAUCAAUCCAGCUGAUCUCUUACUCGAUCUUGCUAACGGGAUCAGCCCGGAUUCGAAGAACGGAGUGACGAACCAGAACGAGAGCACAGAAGAGGAGCAAAAGUCAGUGAAGAAAGCUCUAAUGUCCGCUUAUGAGAAGAACAUAUCAACAAGGCUCAAGGCCGAGCUCUGCAGCUCUGAUGUGAUCAGUAGCUACAAUAACUGUAGUACAAAAGAUGCUUACGCAAGGAUUGAAGGGCAAUGGGGAGAGCAGUGGUGCACAGGGUGGUGGCAUCAGUUCAAGGUGUUGAUACAGAGGGGAAUGAGGGAGCGUAGGUUUGAAGCGUUCAACAAGCUACGAAUCUUCCAAGUCAUUAGCGUUGCUGUACUUGGUGGACUUCUAUGGUGGCAUACCCCUACAUCCCACAUUGAAGACCGGAUUGCCUUGAUCUUCUUCUUCUCUGUUUUCUGGGGCUUCUACCCACUCUACAAUGCUGUUUUCACAUUUCCACAAGAACGAAGAAUGUUGAUGAAGGAAAGAUCAUCUGGGAUGUAUCGCCUUUCCUCCUACUUCCUGGCCAGGACCUUCGGAGACUUGCCUCUGGAGCUUGCACUCCCAACAGCCUUCGUCAUCAUAAUAUACUGGAUGGGAGGGCUCAAACCUGAUCCCGCAACAUUCAUACUCUCCCUUCUCGUUGUACUCUUCAAUGUCCUCGUCGCGCAGAGCCUCGGCUUGGCAUUCGGUGCCAUGCUUAUGGACAUAAAACAGGCCACUACUCUAGCUUCUGUCACAACUCUAGUCUUCCUCAUAGCUGGGGGAUACUACGUUCAACAGAUCCCUCCCUUCAUAGUUUGGCUUAAGUAUUUGAGCUAUAGCUACUAUUGUUAUAAGCUUCUUCUCGGAGUUCAGUACAGUGAGAAUGACUAUUAUGAGUGCUCAAAGGGAGUGAUGUGCCGGGUUGUUGAUUUUCCGGGUGUCAGAUCAGUUGGGAUAAACCAUUUGUGGGUGGAUGUGGGCAUUAUGGCCUUGAUGUUGGUGGGCUAUCGGUUGGUUGCAUACUUAGCAUUGUGCCGGGUGCAGAUGAGGUGAUUUUAGAUGGCUAGAACGAGGAACAUUUCCACCAAGAAGGCAGUUCAAACUUGGAAGAGUAUUAGGAUUUUUGGGUUCUUCAAUUGAGUAAUAAUGUUAGCUUUAGAUGGAAAUCAUGUCGGGUUUUGAACUGAGCAAUCAGUUCAGAAUUUUGAUGUGCUACCUUUUAGCUGAUGGCAUAGACAAUACUAACUUGGAAUUUGGAAGAAGUUCAAUUUUUCUGCAAAAA